AUGCAACAGCAAAGACAUAAGACAGGCGGCCGGGCAACUGCCAAGGCUAACGAUGUUGUUGUAGCUGGGCUGAUGCUGUGUUGCGCAGCAGCCGACCCCUGGGAAACUGCUGCCACCUUUCUGCAGCAACACGACCCUUCGAGAUGGGCCCUUGCAGCACAUUUGCAGAGAGAACAGCGUGCUGUUGUUGCAAAAGCGGCAGCGGAUACAACAGCAGGCAAAGUCAUCCUUAGGGGCUCUUUAAAAGACUUUCAUUUGCCAGAAAAUCGUGUCAGGAAUAAUGCCUCAGACAGACAGACCUGCACGCGCUGCGGAAACUGCGGUGGCAGCAGCUGCUGCACCUGUGGAAAGCUUCCUGGUUACAACAGCAACCGGCACAUCCAGACUGUGCUCGACCAAACAGCUGCAGCAGGUGCUCCAGCCGCAAAUGCUUCUGCCCUUUGCGGCGACGCUCCUCAUUCUGAUGCUUCCGUGGUGGAAAAAAACACCGCAAAGACCAACAAUCCGCUAUUUGCUGCUGAAUGUGAGACGAAUACUGGUUUCGGCGGUUGGACUCCCAGCAGCAGCUGCAGUGGCAGUUAUGGCGGGGAAUACAGUUGGACUUGCAACAAGAGCUGCACCAGAGGUUAUGACAACCUUAAACGCAACAGUGUUUCCCACACUGGUGCUGGAGACGGGAAAAACAUCAGAAAUUCAGGGGAAAAUCGUCUGCACUACAUGAGAGGCCCCCUUUCUUCGGUAGCGGGCUCACAUGUUGCUGCUUUUGCCACUGGAGCGUCUGCAGCUGGCGGGACCCCCGCCGAUUCUGUUGCUCUUUCCAACCCGCAAAACCACAAGAAGCAGGAUCCACUACUGCCGUCUGAAGCAGCAGCAGCUACUGCUGCUGCGGCUCCAGGAUCCCAUGAAGCCAGGCGCUUCGUCGGUUUCCCCAGCGCGGCAGCGGCUACUUCGAGAGUGCUGUGCGGCGCGUCAGAAAAAAUGCAGCAGCAGCAAGUUUUCAAUUUAGGUAGAGCAAGGCCUGGUCCUCGCGAACGCCAGGUGCUUCAGCUGCCAGUACCUGUAGCACCUGCAGUGACAUCACUUGCAGCAACAGCAAGAACAGCAGCAGCAACGAGCGCAGCGUCAGUUUACCUGCAACGACAUCACUUGCAGCAACAGCAAGAACAACAGCAGCAGUAA